GUUUUAUGGCUUGUUCUUCAUGCUGAAUGAAUUUGGCUUGUAUCACUAACUGACAACAGAAAAGAACUCCACACUCCAUUUACUUACUGCAGCGUCAUUUCAAGAUGUCGGACAUGGAUGAUGAUUUCAUGUGUGAUGAUGAAGAGGAUUAUGACCUGGAGUACUCGGAGGACAGUGCAUCAGAGCCAGACGUGGAUUUGGAAAACCAAUACUACAACUCCAAAGCUCUGAAGGAAGAUGAUCCUAAUUCAUCAUUACAGAGCUUCCAGAAGGUGUUGGACCUGGAGACAGAAAAGGGGGAAUGGGGUUUUAAGGCUCUGAAACAAAUGAUCAAAAUCAACUUCAAACUAGGUCAUUACGAGGAGAUGAUGACCAGAUAUCAACAGCUACUCACAUACAUAAAGAGUGCCGUCACACGAAACCACUCUGAAAAGUCCAUCAACUCCAUCUUGGAUUACAUCUCGACUUCAAAGCAAAUGGAGCUGCUGCAGAAUUUUUACGAGACAACACUGGAAGCUUUGAAGGAUGCCAAGAAUGACAGGCUGUGGUUUAAGACAAACACAAAGCUGGGAAAGUUGUACUUUGAUCGAGGAGAGUUUACCAAACUAGCAAAGAUCCUAAAACAGCUGCAUCAGUCUUGUCAGACGGACGAUGGUGAGGAUGACCUCAAGAAGGGCACCCAACUUCUGGAAAUUUAUGCUCUCGAGAUACAGAUGUACACUGCACAGAAAAAUAACAAGAAGCUCAAAGCUUUGUAUGAGCAGUCACUUCACAUCAAGUCAGCCAUUCCCCAUCCUCUCAUAAUGGGGGUGAUUAGAGAGUGCGGUGGGAAGAUGCACUUGCGAGAAGGCGACUAUGACCUAGCUCACACUGAUUUCUUUGAAGCUUUCAAGAACUAUGAUGAAUCUGGAAGUGGGAGGCGCACAACAUGCCUAAAGUAUUUGGUAUUGGCCAACAUGCUAAUGAAGUCUGGGAUUAAUCCAUUUGAUUCGCAAGAGGCAAAACCGUACAAAAACGAUCCUGAGAUUCUAGCCAUGACAAAUCUUGUUAGUGCUUAUCAGAAUGAUGACAUUAAUGAAUUUGAAAAGAUUCUCAAAACCAACCGCAAGAACAUUAUGGAUGAUCCAUUCAUAAGGGAACACAUUGAGGAUCUCUUGAGGAACAUCCGGACACAAGUGCUCAUCAAACUGAUCAAGCCGUACACCCGUAUUCAUAUUCCAUUUAUCUCCAAAGAGUUGAAUAUUGAUACAGAAGAGGUGGAAAGCCUCCUUGUGUCGUGCAUUCUUGACAAUACUAUUCACGGCCGCAUCGACCAGGUCAAUCAACUUUUGGAACUGAACAGAACAGGACAGAGUGUUGAAAGAUUCCACGGUCUGGACAGGUGGACCACACAGUUGAAUUCUCUCCACACUACAGUUGUAAACAAAAUAGCUUAAGCUAUGUUUAGAAAAGUACUUGGAUUAGAGAUGUGAGCAAUUAUUGUGUGGAUGUCUUUUUUAACUUAAACCAGGCUACCUGCUGUAAGUGUAGCUAAGAAAGCUCUACACAGUUAGAGCAUGUCUAUUAUAUGUUAUAUCGUAGUAGAUUUUGUUUGCUCAUAUAUUUCCUGUUUACCGUGAUUAUAGAGGGCUGAGUCAUGCUGUGUUUGAUCAUUUUUGUGCAUGACUUCUGUGAUAUUUUCCUUAAAUUAAAGAGAAUAUCAAGAUGAUUGCAGUGCAUCUACAAAAAAAAAUAACGAGCUGGUAAAUUAACUGAAAAGUACAUGCAGCAAAGAUAGCCAAGAUUACAUGUAAGACAAAACAAAAAUGGUGAACUUAAAAAAUCAUGGCUAAUUAUUUUAAGAUCUUGAGACUGCGUGCGGAGUUUGGCUUUGCAUAGGCACUAAAGGUUCUAGUACCCUGGGUCUAGCAGUGAAGAAGGAGAAUUCCAUCAUUCAGUUUGUAGAUCUUUAUAUUUAAGUACAAAAAUGCCUCAUAAUCAAUACAAAAGUUUGCUGUGGAGUUUUUUGAGUACAUUAUGUGGAGUGUUGAUUAUUUUAUGUGGUUGAAAUGCAUUGAUCUUAUCACUGAGGAAGCCACAGCCUGAGAUGUCAGCUGUCUCAUCCUCCUAGGGUUUGUGGUAUUUCCUGCAAUAGAAACUGCUCUGAUACUCCUGUGGGAUAGUCCUGAGAGUACGCAGUCAAUUGUGCAUAGUUUACCAUUGAUUUAAUUUGAUUUUGAAGUUUUCAAAGUUAACCAUGUGCAAAACUAUAAUGAUACGUUUGAAAAGCGAAAAGUUCAAACCAGUGUUUUUUGGCAUAGUCAGACCUGAUAAGGAGUAACCAGUCAUUGUGUAAAGAUCAAUGUUCAGAAUAUGUGUUUGUAUAAAAGAUCACUUCUGUAGGAUUUAAAGUCACAUUGUAAGAUUUAAGGGGCCACAUACAAUGGGCCAAACCAAUGUGGUCAAUUGUGUUAUUUAGAAACCCAUAAUGGGUGAGAUACAUAGUUCAUCUUUGCAGCUUCUGAUUAGUUUCUGGCCGUUGCUUGCUAUCUGGCUGUCUGUUUUCAUUCAGCUGUCACCUUUGUGGUCUUGUUGAAUCCUCAGUUGAACUUGACUUUUCAAAUAAAAAUACAGUUACAAGUUUGUGACAUUAA